AUGCGCUUUCACUCGCCCCUCAUUCCCUUCGCUGUCCCACUCCUCCCACCUUUCCUCCUUGCCGUCCCCAUCCUUCCCCUCCGCAGCUGCAAGUUCAGUCAGAACUGCCGGUUCAACCAUCCAGAGCCAUCCGCCCUCGCAUCACCUGCAGCAGCAGCCAAUGCGGUGGCCUCUGCCCGCCCCUCUGCUCCUGCUCUCUUCCGUGCGUCUCUCUGUGUCCCUUUGGCUCUGCGGCUGUCUGUCUGUUCCCCAGUGCACUCACCGUUUCUGAUCCCACAAAGGUUGAGGUGCCUCGAAUCGCUUUUUGACGACCAUGUUCCUCUCACUGUUGCCACCCAAUCACUCUGCCACCCGCUCUGCCACCCACUCUGCCACCCACUCUGCCACCCACUCUGCCACCCUCUCUGCCACCCACUCUGCCACCCACUCUGCCACCCACUCUGCCACCCACCCUGCCACCCGCUCUGCCACCCUCUCUGCCACCUGCUCUGCCAUUCACUUCAUCUCACCACCUACCUACCUUUCCUCCCGUCAUUCCAGUUUUACGUGAAGACUGGAAGCUGCAAGUACGGGCCUUCCUGCAAGUUCCACCAUCCCGCAAAGCAGCAGCAGCAGCAGCAGCAGCAGCAGCAUCACCUUUCACCAUCACCAUUGCCAUUCCCACUGGGCGGUGGGGGAAUGGGAGGAGGAGGAGGCGGAGGAGGAGGGGGUGGAGGAGCAGGAGGACUGGCUAUGUUCUUCCCUCCGCCUUCUCAUGUGCACCUGUCCUCCUCUCCACCCAUGCAUCCUGUGUUUCGGCACCAUGCUGCUGCCACCGCCUCUCCGUCUCCUUCUCAUGCUGCUGCUGGUUUGCUGCCAGCGGGAGUGACUCUCUCUGCUGCAGGCCUCCCUCGCCGCAAGGUAGCCACAGCACCCUUUUUCUUUGCCUCUUCCCCACCAGUUGACCCCAAUGAUCUUUCCCCAGUACUUCCAUACUCAUCUUCCCCGCCCUACCAUACUGGCACCUGCAAAUACGGGGUGACUUGUAAGUUUGACCACCCCCCUCCCGGAGAGGUGGCAGCCAAAGCUGCUUCCGAAGCUGCUGCUGCUGCAAUGGUAGAUUCGCCCGUCAUGAAAUCCGUCCCCGCACGCUGUCUUCCCCUUCCCCUCCCCAAUUUCCCCCGCAUUUUCCUCUCGCCCCUCUCUCCUUUCCUCAUUUCGGCUCCCUUACGCGCCUCUCCCCUCCCUCCCUCCCAUUCCACGGCCCUCUUUCCCUUCCCACACGCGCUUCUUCUUCCCUUCACCUGA